AUGGCACCUAGACGAUGCUUUUCAACAAAUCGCAUUCAACUGAGUCAGCAAUAUCAUUUUGACACAUUCAAGUUUGUUGAACGGUUGGAAAAGGCUAAUUUCACUCGACAGCAAAGUGAAUCCAUCAUGAAGGCCUUGCGAAAAGUCAUUGGAGAGAGUAUGACUGAAUUGACGAAACCGAUGGUAACAAAAGCGGAACAAGAAAAGGCAAUCUACAUGUACAAAGUGGAUUUUGCUCAUCUAAAAUCGGAGAUACAGCUGUUGGAGAAAAAUGACUUUUCAAUCAUGAAGGCCGAGAAUGAGCGAUUACAGGCACAGGUGGAGAAGCUGAGACAACGGCUCAAAGAGGAGAUUGUGCGAGCACAAGCCAAUGUGAGAUUAGAUCUAAACCUGGAGAAAGGUCGAGUGAGGGACGAAGCAAGCGGACAAGAAAUCAAGAUGAAGGAGACAGACACACGCAUCGAGAGCGAAAUCGCCGGCUUGCGAACCCAAAUGGAAGCUAUCAAAUUCCAGAUCUUACAGUAUAUGGUGGGUACCAUGACAGGUGCAGGUGCUUUAUUCUUGGCUUAUCUUCGCAUGUUUCGUUGA